AAAUAGAGAGAAAAUUAAAUCAGUUCUUGGGUAAGUUGCAGGAAACAUCUUUCAAAUCAAGCUGGAUCUUAAUUUAGUUUCAUCUUUUUUAAUUUUAAUAUCAGUGGCGGGAUUGUUUAAAAUUAAAUAUGCUAAUUUAAUAAAAAAAGAAGAAUUUAUUUCCCAAUUUCCGCUUCAUAGAAUAAUUGAAAAAUAUUUUUUAUAUUCCACGAAGCGUUUAAAUGUUGUAAUAACAAGGAAGUUCCUUCUUAAACAAUAGUUACCAUGUCGAAAAUAUUUAAAGAUUGUGGAGACAAACCAUACAUGUUUGGCGAUAGAAACAAAUAUCUUUCGAGAAUAACAAAAUCUUUGUAUUAUGGAAAAUUGCCCGCAACGGAUUGUUUGAGUUUACCUGUAACAGAGUUAGCGGCAGAAAUAUUUUCCGAAGCUCAACAAGGAAAAUCUUUGGAUAGAUUACAUUAUUACAAAGCUGCUGAUAUAUCUAGGAACGCUUGUGUGGCCCCGUGCUCUCUAGUAUUAGCACUUCUUUAUUUGGAGAGACUGAAAACGUGCAAUUCACAAUAUCUUGAUAGAGUUGCCCCUUCUGAUUUGUUUCUUGUCUCAUUGAUGGUUUCUUGUAAAUUUUUAUUUGAUGAUGGUGAAGGUGAUGAAGUAUUUUUAGACGAAUGGGCUAUUUCAGGAAAUAUCCCAAUAAAGGACUUGAUAAAACUUGAAAAGGAGUUUUUACAUGCUAUAAAAUGGAAUAUCUUUGUUAGCAAAUCGAAAUUCUAUGAAAAACUAAAAGAAAUUGAAUCAACUUUGGCAUUAAAGCAAGGAAAACAGCGAAAUUUUUUCACAUAUACAGAACUCGAAACUUUAUCCUCUUUGGUGGAAAUUCAAAAAAUAAUUUACUGUUUGAUAACAGUUUCAGCUGUAUUAGCUUUAACUUAUCUAGCCGGAGUUUUAACUCUAGUUGGAUCAGUUUAUUUGACCAGUCAAAUACCAGGAACUACUUUGUACAAUAAAAUCGAAGGAAAAGUUAAAGAACCACUUACACAGUCAAGAAAUGACAUUUGGGAACCUUGUUUGGACUUAAAGACUGACAUUGAUAAUAAAUUGAGAGCCCCAAGGGUCAUAGGAAUGUUAAAAACGAGUAUUUUAUUGGCUUCCAUUAAAACAAAUGAUACAUACGAAAAUAAGAAUUUUGAAAACAUUUCUUGGGACUAUUGGAACAAUCCAGUUAUGGAUUGGUUGGCUAGAACAUCAGAACUCGUUUCUUAUUUCACUGUUAAUCCGAUAUUUAACGUACCCAAUUAUUUAGAAACUACUACAACUAAUUUGAAACGCAUUAAAUUGGAGGAUCAAAUUCAUAAAGCGACUAAAACCAGGAUUCAAGAUCAAAUGGAAUCUUCUUGGCAUACCGAGUGGAUAGAUUCUAUAAAGAUUGGAAUUUACACUGAAAGUAUUAAUUUUUGAUCGAAAAAGACUCCAAUUUAUAUUUAUUCAAAUUACAAUUUGAACUGAAACCUUUAACUUAUUUUGAUUAAAAUUAGUUUUAUUUUUCGUUUGUUUAGUUCGAAAUUUAUUUCCUCUAAUCACUCCAUUUGAAUAAAAAAUUAUAUUGUGGUGCAAUUAAAUGUUUUUUUUUUCUCAUUAAAGUGCCUAAUAAAAAAUUGCUAACGG